AGCUCACGGUUAGCCCUUUCUCCUCCCAUAGCAUUGACUUAUGCACGAGGGAGAUCAUCCACCAACUUCUGAGAGCUUAAUAAGUCGGCAACGGACAAAGCUCGCCUUGUACAUACUCACAUUAUUUUUUGUUGUUGCAGCUCUUUCCUAGAAUGGGUAGACGCAGCGAGAGUGGUGGGGGCGGUGAGAAAAGCUCUGCGCACCGCAGCCGCGGCCACCGCAGCGAGCGCGACGACGCGGACACCAGUCACCGGCAUCGCCACCACCGCCGCCACCGCCGGCGCAGCGAAGACCACGACGACGAGCGCGCGGACAACAACGUGCGGACGCGUGAAGAUGUUAGUAGCAGUGGCCGCCACCGUCACCGCCGGCAUCAUCACCACAGCAGCAGUGGCGCUGGUAGUGGCAGAGGAGAGGUGGAGCAAGGUAGCGGCGGUGGUCGGCGUCGCGGCGAUCGAUCCGACGCAGCUGCACGCUCCCGUCGCCGCCCACGCCUUGAUCGUCGAGAUAGCAGUCGCAGCGGUAGCGAUAAAAGCACGAAUAAUCACAAUAAUAACAAUAAUAGCGACGACGAUUAUCGCAGUGUGGAGUACGACCGGCGGGAAAGAGAGGCGGAGCGCCGCUCGCGACGCCGCGGCCACCGUGCAGACACGUAUGAAGAUGCGGUAGACGUCAUCGCGUACGGUCGCAAGCGCCAUCGAGGCGGUGGCGGUGGUGGUGGCAGUCAAAGCGACGAGGGCAGUGAUAGGGAGGAAAAGGUAGAACGGUCUAGCUUGGACGACCGUCGCGGCCACAAUCAAAACGCCAACUCUAAUAGCCGCACCGUGGAUUGGAGCUCACGUCGCGGCCGCAGACAAAUGCCGAGUCUCGCGUACGACGUCGGUCAGCAGAAGCGUCUGCUUGGCUUUUUAGAUCGUCGUGAUGCGUCGGGCGGUCACGCAGGUGGCUCAGCAACAGCAGCAGGAGGAGGAGCCGCGGAAAUGACGUUUGAGAUUGGCCCCGAUGGACUCGUGCAGAUGCCACCGCCGAACACCCUUGUGCGACGGCGUCAAUAUGAUCUCCGCACUGGGGGGAGAAGGGAGGACAGGCAACAGCCCCCCGCUUAUCGCACAGGCAGGUUGAAUCAAGGCAACGGAGCGGAACAAAGAAGCAACGGCGACAGGGAUACCAAUAACGGCCACGGCCACGGCCACGACAACGACGACAACAGCUCCGUCGCUUCUCACGAGUCUCUCUACAACGACCCCUCCACGGCGCAUCUCGGUAUUCUGCCCGACAUCCUCCCCCCGUCUAAUUUGUACCGCGUCGCCCUCUACGGCGUGGACCUCUCCAUCACGGCGCGCCACCUCACCUCACUCGUAACGCAGCUGCUGGGCAAGGCGGCAAAACCGUACCGCGUGCGACGACCCGCGCGCGAGAUGCUGCUUGCGGCGAUCGCUUACCGCGACAGCGGCACGGCUUCAUCCAAGCAAAACGCACCCCCUCCUCCCACCGCCGCAGCGCAAGCAAGCUGUUCUACCGCCGCGUCCGCGAAGGGGGUGCUACCAGACUUAUAUGGCAGUGAGAGUGCACCUACGAACCCCAACAGCGUCCCCGCGAUUGGGUUGCUUCCCGAGGACGCCCGUCACAGCAGUGCGGCCCCGAUGACAGGAUCCGCUGGGGUGCUGAGCACGGCACCGCCCUCCUCCGGCAUUUUACCCGAUGUCCCUGCCGUGCUUGAGUCGGGGAGCGAAGUGUCAGGUGUGCUAGGCAGCGGCGGAAACGGCGCAGACCACGACGAGGGAGUGCUGCCCGAUGCCGCCUCGCUGCCUCUGCCGCCACCGCCCGCCGCGCCUGUCUUUUAUUUGCCGGGGCUACACGACGUGAACGGCCCAGGCGGGAUGGUGGUGCUGGAGUUCGCGGCGCAGGAGCACGCGUUCCGCACGGUGCAGGUGUUGAACGGGGGCUACGUCAAUGGUCGCCGCAUUGCGGCCUCCAUGUAA